ACAUGCACACACACUCUUUCUCUUUCUCUGAUCUUCAUUCAUUUUCAAGUUUCAUUUUUUUUUUAUAUAGCGAAAAGUUUAAGUGAGUUGAGUGAACGCUCACGAAUUUCAAGUGUUUCAUAUUUGACAUCAUGGCAAGAGGUGGAAAACUAACGAAGCUAAAGUCAGUGCUGAAGAAAUGGAACUCAUUCGGCAACAACAGCAAGCAUAGCCGCCACCACAGCAUCAGCGCCGUCGCAGACGACGAAUCCUCCUCCAGAUCAGACCUCCACGCCGUCUACGUCGGCAAGUCCCGCCGCCUCUACCGCGUCGCCUCCGACGUCGUCGACCACCCCGUCUUCCGGGAACUCGUCGAGAGAUCCCGCGACUCCGACCAACAACAACAAAGCGAAGACACCACUAUCAAUGUCGUCGCAUGUGAGGUUGUCCUUUUCGAACACUUGCUCUGGAUGCUCGAUAACGCCGACCCACAACCCGAGUCACUCAACGAACUCGUCGACUUCUACGCUUGCUAAUGCUACCUCAUAAUUUCAAGCCUUCCACGUGUCACUUUCACCCUACAUUAUUAAAAAAAAAACACGUAUAUUAUAUUAUAUUACAUCAUAUAUCAUAUUAUAUCAUGUAAUACUCGCAUCUAUUUAUGACUGUAAUUUAAUUAGUUGUAAUAACUAACAUUCAUCCAUAAAUGUUGUCCAUAGUUAUAUUUAGUAAUUAAGUUGAAUUAAUUAGUAAAUAUUGGUUAUAUAUAUUAUGGUUUAGAUUUUAGUUUUAAUUACGAUGGUGGGGAUGGAUGUUGAGUUGGUUGUAGGGGUUUGGUUGAGUUGAUGGAGCGUUGGAGACUCUCCAAUCAAUGUAAUGAAAGGGAUCGAAAUUGUACGCAAUGUAACGUGGUACUUGUUCAAUUCUUCAUUUCUUCUUUGAAUGAAAGGGAAAAUGUCUUGGUUUACCUCCGAAA